AUGCCGCGCGAGAAAGCACGGGGCGCCGCGCUAGCAGGCGCCGCUGCGCGCCGGCCGGCUGCGGUGCAGAGGCAUCGCAGGGGCAAGAAAGGGCGGGAAGCGGCGAGGGUAGCGAAGGUGUCGUCGAGGCCCAAGGCGCCGCCGCCGCUGCCGCGGACGGACCUGGUCGCCGUGCCGGUGCAUGCGAAGCUCAAGUAUGCGAACUCGUACUGGGAGUUUACGGAGAAUAAGGAGAAGAAGAAGAAGUUGGAGUUUUGUAUUACGAAUGAUAAGACGCCGCCGGCCGGGUUUACGUUUGUGCCGGUGGGAAAUCCGGAGUUGAGUAAGGCGUGUAAGGAGGUGUCGAGGGAGGUGGGGGCGAUGAUUUUUAUUGUUUCGAAUACGAAGGAGCAAAAUCACAACUUGUUUGAUCAUAUCCAUCGAAUAGGGUUCCAUUUUCGAAGCUAUAUUGUUGACCAAGCCGCGUCUACUCUUGGGGGUUUACAAGCUGUCACAGGCGAUGGCAAACCCAUCGUGGAGAAUUCGGGAGAUGAGAUCCCAGAGACACAGGAAGAAAUAAACAAGCAGGCAGAUGCAGCGCUGAGAGAUCUGUUCCCCAGGAUUCCGAACACUGAUCGAGAGAUGAUCAUCCAGCACGCCUUCCAGAUAGGAGCUAUAUUCCAGGGAAAACCCGUGGUUGGGUUGCAGCCCGAGCUCACCCUUUCACGCCGCGUGCAGCUAGCCGCCAACGCUCACAUCCGCCACAACCACACCAGAUACGACAAACUGCUACACGAGACGGAUUAUCUCAAUGCGAGGCGAGUGGUGGAACCGCUCUGCUUGGAUUUCAUCAUGAAAUGGCGCGGAGACGAAGAGACGGGCCGGGAUCAGCUGGAUGAACUCUUGCGCGAAGUCGUUGUGAUUCCGGACUCUGAUGAGGAAAGCGAAGAGGAGGAAGAAAGUGCAUCUGAUGAUGACGAGGUUCAAUUUCUACGUGAAGUUUUGCAUGCCGCGCCACAUCGACAAGGGACCAACCCACCUCGACACGGGAACAGAUUCCAUGUCGAUGAUCCAAGGAGAAACGAGGGAGGCGAAGGAGACGCUUACUCUGAGAUCGCUACACGCACACGUUCGAAGACAAACAACAAGCAGGCGCGAGGGCGGAAGGAUAAGCAGGCAAGGCGAGGCUUCAAGCGUUACCAGGCUUGGGAAGACGCCCAGAAGAGGCAACAAGCUUCGCAUGCAGCACCAGUCAGACAGCCGUCCUAUGAUGACCGGAGGAAUAAUGAGUCCAGACAUGCUCACAGACUGACCAAUAAUGUAUCCGGAUUUUAUGGCGGCGAUGAACGUCUGCCUGCUGAAGAGCCACAACGCUUACAGAGAAACGUUGUUGAUAAUCAGCCCAGAUAUCGUGAAGUAAGUUUCAACGUAGGAGGGAGUACCAUUUGUACUGAUAACAGGAAGCAGUUACCUGUCAGCCGACCUUUGGAAUCUGUCCAAUACCAACAAGCACCUGUUAGUCGGGCACCAGAACAGGGCCACUACGUGCAACGCGAGGUAAUGUUGAGGUCCAACAUCCUUGAUCAGUACAAAGACCCACCACCCAGGUCCACCUAUGAAUAUGUGGACCGGCCCAUAGUCACUGAAACCGGUGAACCUUGGAGAUCCGAGGCACCGCGAGCCCGAGAACCGCGCCAGCUAGCCGGUAUGACUCGGCCAUUCAGUCCGCACGAUGCCCUCCCAUCCAUUGAGCGCGGCGAUUUGCCCAGCGACCGCCCGGAUAGGAGAGAAUCACCAGUCAUGAUGAGUGUCCGCCAGGCGAGGAACGCCCCACCGCGGGCUCAUGAAGAACAGGUAUUGUACACACGCGGUGAGCCUGAGCCCAAGCGCUUCAGACCCCUCCCCGUCCACUCCAACGUCAUCUACGACGACGAGCCCGAGGUCGUGCCCAAGCGCCGCCGCGUAGCUGCGGACCCUGGCGUCUUUCAGCCUGCCAACACGGGCGUCGAGUAUGUUCGUCUCCGUCCAGUGCCACGUGCAGAUGACCGUUUCUUUCCUUCGUCUUCAUCAGCCGCGUCAUCCCAGGGGAUAGAGGAGCGCCGCUACGAUCACGCAUUUACCCAGAAUGCUGUCGUUGAUAGCCAGCCGUCUAUGAUGUCUCAGCAGCCUCUGGCGCCUAGAGAGCUCCGGCCUGUCAGGCACGUGGCAGACCAUAAUGCGGCUUUUGGUAAGCUUUCAUUAGAUGAUCGUGCGCAGCGAGGUGAGUCUCAGGCGCCUAUGCGGCAGCGAGUUGUAGAGCAGCAGCGGCCGACUGCUUAUGUGUCUGAGAACCGCCCUCCGGGAGCGUAUGAACAACGCUAUGCUGCUCAGGAGCCACAGUACUAUCAGCGCCCUGUUGGAGUGACCCGCGAGCAGGCAGAGUACCAGUCUCGUGACCCUGUACCGUUGUAUUUGCCGGCGAGACCCCCACCAGCGGAGCGUCCGCGUCCAGAAUUACCAGCGAGGCCUUUACCAGCUGAACGUCCCCAUUCUGCUUUACCAGCCAGACUCCUACCAGCCGAACGUCCAUACGGCGACUUUGAGCCGCAGCCUGUAGAGUAUCGACGCGUCCCUUCACGAGAGCAGCAGUACCGGGAAGUUCGUACACGGCCUGCGGAGGACAUCGGAGAUCCAAGAUAUGCAGCGCGACAGGUUAGACCGCGUGGGGGCAAGGUGCGGUAUGAAGUCGCUCCUGGGCCGGCACCGAAUGGGCCGAAGAUGUAUUCGGGGAGUACGCCAAGACCGGGGGAGGUUAUUGUGUUGGAUUGACUGGAGGUCGAACUAUUUGGUGGACGAUUAGGACGAGGCAUUCAACGGCUUGAAGUCAUGUGCUUUAAUACUGGCGUGGAGGGGAUACGAGAGACGAAUGGAGGGAAGGGACGAACGGCGGAUGGAUAAAAAGAGGGAAAGAACGAGAGAAUGUGGGAAGGAACGAAAGGCAGAGUGGCUUUAUAUAGACGGACGGGGGUUGUUAAUUAACAACUUGGCGCGCGGGAAGGGCGGUUGGGGAAGAGCAUAUGUCGGCCCUUCUGCGACAUGAGGCAUAUACUUUGUUUGCACUGUUUGUAUGGAAGCAUAGACACGCAAGGCAUGAAGCAUGAGGCAUUAAAGGUUGGAGGACUUUUGUCGACGGCCAAAACAUGUAUAAUAUAGACUUCACAGGUGCACAUAAUCAAAGACAAAUACCAACA